CCGCGCAGGUUCGCGUCGGGAGCCUGGGCGGUGGAAGAGCCCAUGGGCCCACCUGGGGCCUCCAGCAGCCCUGGGCUCGGGGCACUGGACACACGGUAACGAUCCAGCACCGUUCCAGACUGGAAGCGGUCAGCGGUUGUCGAGUGAAUAAAUUGGAUCAACUCUCAAGCGAUGACUCCAGCUAGGAACUUGCGAAUCGGAAGGGAAAUGCUAGCGAUCCGGGUGCAAACCCGGACCAGUUAAACUAUACCAGGAGUACCUGGCUGAGAGAUUACUAGUCCAAGGUAGCCGCGUUUUUCUCUAUACUAGCACGCGAUGGAACCGGUGUUCGCCCCGUCCCCGACUACCCUAAGGGAGACGGAUUCGGAAGGGGUUCACUGAUUGUGUGUAUUUAGAACGGCGGAAAGGGGAAAAAAAAAGAUACGGUAAACAAGACUGUGCUCCUUCACAAAUGCUGGUUUCCUACAGCGGAAGAUUCACACUCCCAGCCUUUGUUCUCCCCUUGACCACAAAACCAGAGCACCUCAAGUUGUUUGCCUGCACCUUUGGAUCCCUCAAGUCUUUCGCGAGCUUCAAAAUAACCCCUCCGAGGACCCGUAGGGGUGAUGUCAUCCGGGCGCGACAACAGGAACCGAGUUAGGGGCUUGCUGUGUAGCUCAGUCUUGCAGCGCCUACGUUUGAGAGCGCUGCGGUCUCCUCUCCGCUCCAGUGCUGGCUGCGAUGGGCAGUGCCCGAGAGUCGCCCACCGACAAAGGUGGAGAGGCAGGGGAGUCAGAUGAGACGGCCUCUGCUCCCGUGGUCCUGGAGACUUCAGACCCAGACGCAAUCCCGGAGGAACCUGAUGGAGACGGAGACAUGGACUUGAAAGAAGCCGUAGCGGAGGAAGGCGAGCUCAAGAGUCAAGAUGUCUCAGACUUAACAGCAGGUGAAAGGGAAGACUCAUCAUUACUCACUCCUGCAGCCAAAAAACUGAAAAUAGAUACCAAAGAAAAGAAAGAGAAAAAGCAGAAAGUGGAUGAAGAUGAGAUUCAGAAGAUGCAAAUCCUGGUUUCCUCUUUUUCGGAGGAGCAGCUGAACCGCUAUGAGAUGUAUCGCCGGUCAGCUUUCCCUAAGGCAGCCAUUAAAAGGCUGAUCCAGUCCAUCACCGGAACCUCUGUGUCACAGAAUGUCGUCAUUGCCAUGUCUGGUAUUUCCAAGGUUUUCGUCGGAGAGGUGGUAGAAGAAGCACUGGACGUGUGUGAGAAAUGGGGAGAGACGCCACCGCUGCAACCCAAACACAUGAGGGAGGCUGUUCGGAGGCUAAAGUCAAAGGGGCAGAUCCCCAACUCGAAGCACAAAAAAAUCACCUUCUUCUAGAGCAAAGCCCUGAAAGGCCUGUGACCGACAGAAAGAAUUCUGGUCCCCGGCUCCCUGUUCUGAGACUUUCUGCGCCAGUGCUUUGGUGUUGCAGGCCUCCAAGGAUUCCAUGAUGGUUUUAAUGCCACACCCAGAAGGCAUGCAGCCUGUUUCACUCUUGCCCUGACUAUAUUUUGGGACCUUGUGGGCCAUUCUGAGAUACUCAGCUCUGUCUGGCUAGCUGAAGGAAGAGAGGGCAAGGACCUUCAGCAGCUUCUGGGCAGGGAACUGCUUCAGACAGACGGUCUUUCCAGGAGAACCUGCACACUGAAGCCUAAAGCACCAAGAUUUGGAUUGUUUCCUGCAUCUGGUUUUAAGUAGAUGAAACCACCAGAAACUUCUGACUUGUGGUACUCCAUCAUAAAGGAUGCAGUGAGAACAGCAGUACGGGAACAACUUGUGCUUGCUAACAUUUAAGAUUCUUGUGUGGAUUUUAGUGACUAAUCAUCAGACUUUUCCAACUUGUAAUUGUUUUGUGUGUAGCUGGUUGGAAUGGGGAGAAUGCCAUCAUUCUUUUUUGGUGUCCAAAUAAAACUAGCUUUGGCUUUUUUAUAAAAAUUUGUGAGCCCUUCCCAUUUUUUACUAGAAUCAUCAAAAUUUUAACUCACGAAAGACACCGGAAACAUUUUAAAACCACUCUGUAUUUCCAACUCCUUUAAAUAAAGAUAUACCACACCGAGCGUAGUGGCAC